AGGGAGUGCUGCCCGGAGAAGGGAAGGGUUCGAUGGAGCAGGGAGUGCUGCCCGGAGCAGGGAAUGCUGCCUGGAUCCGGCAGUGCUCCGUGAGCCCGUGUUCCCUCGGGGCUCCCUGCCAGACUCAGUGACUGCUGAGAUCUCUUCCAGCUGUAAUUCCGUGACUCUCCGGUCACAGAGUCACACACCCAGGAUGGCAGGGACACCUUCCUGUGUCCCGGGCUGCUCCAGGCCGUGCCCAGGCUGCCUUGGGCGCUCCCAGGGGUGCUCUGGCAGGGAGGGAUUCCUCAGUUAUCCCUCGGGUGAGCCAGGGUGGGGCUGGGGAGCCCUCCCUGAAGGGCAGAGCCCGUGUCCCCCAGGGUACGUCACCACCAUCCUGGAGGACGCCAAGAUCUACUCAAGCCACGCCAAGAAGUCGAGCGUGGACGCGGACGACGUGCGGCUGGCGAUCCAGUGCCGCACCGACCAGGCCUUCACCUCGCCCCCGCCCCGCGACUUCCUGCUGGACAUCGCCCGCCAGAAGAACCAGACGCCGCUGCCGCUGAUCAAGCCGUACUCGGGCCCGCGGCUGCCGCCCGACAGGUACUGCCUGACUGCCCCCAACUACCGCCUGAAAUCCCUGCAGAAGAAGGUCUCCUCCACAGCAGGCAGGAUCACAGUGCCUCGCCUGAGCGUGGGCGCCGUGAGCAGCAGGCCCAGCACUCCCACUUUGGGCACCCCCUCAGCCCAGACCGUGUCGGUGUCAGCCAAGGUGGGCGCGCCGGUGUCGCUGGCGGGGCAGCGCUUCACGGUCCAGAUCCCGUCCUCGCAGCCUGCUGGGAAGUCAGCCACUCCCACCACGCCCACGGUGCAGAACGUCCUGAUCAACCCCUCCCUGAUCGGCCCCAAGAACAUCCUGAUCACCACCAACAUGGUCCCGCCCGGCGCCGCCGACCCCAACCCGCUCAAGAGGAAACACGAGGACGACGACGACUACGACGCCUUGUGAGGUUCAGGGAGCCCUGCCCAAGGGAUUCAGGGAGCUUUUCCCGUGGGAUUCAUGGAGCCUUGCCUGUGGGGUUCACAGAGCCCUGCCCACGGCAUUCACAAGGACUCCAGAGGGUGGGAAUGGGCAGGAAGGCCCCGUUUGGGCCUUGGGAGUGUGGAAAUAAAGAGCAGAGUGUUUGUAACCUGG